AUGCCUUCCAAACCACUGGAGUUUGAACCACACCUACCACCAUUUAUGCCUGCAGAGCUCCCUGGAUUUUACUGGGAUGAAGCAAGAAAUCGAUAUUUUCCAUUAUCUUCGCGUCCGAAACCGCCGCAACCUCCACCUGUCGCGGUGUCAAAACGAAGAAAUCCCACCCCAGAAAGCCAGUCAAGCGAGAACGGUUUGAGCAGGAAGCGCAAGCGGGUCUAUGAUCCUUGGGACGUGAACGAGUCCAGGAGAUCUGCUUGCAGCAAUAGUAUGAGGCUGAGGAACUCACAUGAAAUACUUUGUUCACAAUACGCCUCGACUUCUCGUAUGACACCAACUCGAGUGCACCCCAUAGGUUCCAUAACUGCCUUCUGUAUGACGAAAGUUGGGGGACACGACUGGCAAUUCAUCGGCGACGAUAGAGGCUGGUUGUACUCCGAGAGAAAGCACCUUCCGAACGAGCCGCCGAGGUUCAAUCUUCACAGUACCAUCAACCUCCAGGCAUCAUCAACUAUAUCAUCCAUCUGCGUUUCCGGAUCAUACUGUGUAGCUAGUUGCUUUGGUGCUGCCAGGCUCUCUGUCCAGGACUUGAAUAUCGCAGAGCGGACGUACCUGAUGACUUUCAAUACGGUGGUUGAUAUUCGCUCUUCCCAUCUUCAGCAAAAAGGGCUUGUGCUGGGGACGAGCAAGAGGAUUAUCUACAUCCCGGACAUCGACGUGGCAACAAAUUUCAGGUCACUGCGAACGAAUAGUGAUGUCUUUUCUGUGAUUCAACGGGAUCAUCUGAUCUACGCGGGUUUGCGGAACGGGACUCUGGAAAGAUACGACACGAGAGUGCCAGAUCCAAAAUCCGUCAAGCUCUUCGAGGGCCGGUUCGAGAAGAGUGGGAGGAGCCCGCUACUCCACAUCAACGUUCUGAGAGAGAACGAGCUGCUACUUAGCCAUAUGAAUGCAGAUCUAUCAACAUUUGACCUACGGUUUUCACCCACCAGUUCAACAGUGACACCAAUACAAGUAUUCGAGGGCCACGUCAACAGCUACCGGCCCGACCUCGGUAUCGCCGUCGACCAAGAGCACGACCUACUCUUCGCCGCCGGAGCCGACAACCGGAUCCGCGGGUGGUCUCUGCGCACUGGAGUUCCAUUUUCCCCUCCACCACCCACUCCAUGCUUGCCCGACCAACCAAGCAACCCGUUCACUCAUACGUUUCCCUCCCAGGUGUGUGCGUUGCAGGUGACAGAAGAAGGUGGGAAGAGCGGGACGUGCCUAUGGGCUUCUUGUGAUAAGGACUUGUAUCAAUUCCAUUUGGGCCAGCGCGGAGCGAUGGAGAACGAUUGA